AUGGAAGUAGAAGCAAAUACUAGUUUACAAAAUCAAAUUAUAGAAUUAAAAGCAGAAUUAGAAAAGAUUACUAGACCAUCAAAUCAAUAUAUUAAAGGAAGACAAUGGUGCAAAACAUGCGAUCCAGAACGCUUAGUUGAAAGUUGGAAUAUUGAAAAUAAUCGCAUAAGUGAAUGUAUCUUAAACAAUGUAAAAAAAGCAAAUCAUUACGAUGACCCAUUCCUUGAAUACAUUCCUUAUGAAAAUUUUGAAAUUAUUAAAAGAAUUGGUGAAGGUAGCUAUGGAGUUGUAUAUCAUGCCAAAUGGCAUAAUGGUUUGAGAUAUUGUGAGGGGGGUGCUAGAUGUAAAAAAAAAGUAGCUGAUGUUGCCAUUAAAGAAAUAAAAAGUGGUUAUGAUGUAACCCUUGAUUUUAUAUCAAUGGUAAUGAAUAAUAAUAUUUAUGCGAUAAUAAAUUAUUGCUUUUAA